AUGACCCUCUCCACCGGUUCCCUGCUCCGCCGCGUGCGAUUUCCUCCGUGUAGGGGAAAGCCCAUGCUCGGCCUUCGAACUAAGCGCUUCUUGUCGCCAAUACACACUCGUCCUUCUCUAGCACCUACGAACGGCCGCGAUUCCCCAGACUCUGCAGUUGCCGCGCCAGGGAUAAAACCUAAGACCUCUCUCCGGCACAACUCCCAGUCACCCUCUCCUGCGGUGCAGCCCGUCGAGUUUGAGGGAAAAGCAAACCCAGCGACACACUAUGCGCCACCCACAAGAGGCUUGAUUGCGUCUCUGCCCAAUUCAUGGAUUCCCUAUGCAGAGCUGCUGCGGUUGGAUAAGCCGACGGGCACAUACUACCUUUUCUUUCCGACCCUCUUCUCUACCCUCCUCGCCGCGCCAAUGGUCCAGGUGGCUCCGCUUCAAGUUCUUGGGACAACGGGGCUCUUCUUUACUGGGGCAGUGAUCAUGCGAGGCGCAGGGUGCGCGAUCAAUGACCUGUGGGACAGGAACCUGGACCCUCACGUUGAGCGUACCAAGUUUCGGCCUAUUGCUCGAGGCGCGCUCUCACCACCCAAGGCUGUCCUUUUCACCGGUACCCAAUUGCUGGCUGGGCUUACAGUACUUCUCCAAUUCCCUACCCAAUGCCUCUGGUAUGGGAUUCCCAGCUUGCCUGUCGUGGUCGCGUAUCCGCUGGCCAAACGGGUCACCAACUACCCCCAGUUUGUUUUGGGCCUCGCCUUCUCCUGGGGUGCGAUGAUGGGGUUUCCCGCGCUGGGCGUGGAUCUACUAGCCAACCGGGAUGCACUCAUGGCUGCCGGGGCCCUUUAUUCGAGUUGUGUGGCCUGGACAGUUCUGUACGAUAUGAUAUAUGCGUAUAUGGACAUCAAGGAUGAUGUAGCAGCCGGGAUCAAAUCAAUUGCUCUCCGCCAUGAACACAACACCAAGGCCGUGCUGAGUGGGCUGGCGGCGACUCAGGUGUCGCUCCUUGCUGCGGCCGGAGUUGCGGCGGGUUGCGGGCCUGUCUUUUUCGCCGGCAGUUGCGGCAGCGCCCUUCUUUCACUCGGGCUCAUGAUUUGGAAGGUUCAACUGAAAAAUGUUCAGAACUGUUGGUGGUGGUUCAAAUACGGUUGUCUGUUGACGGGUGGAGGUAUCUCCUUGGGAUUGCUCGGCGAGUAUGCAACACAAUCCCUUGGUCUGUACGAUAGCACUGGGCCCUUAGAGUUGGAGUCGGCAUAA